GAGCCUUUUAAACAGAAGAGAGCCCAGAGGAGCUGGGAAUGUGAGCCGGCUUGCUGGAAUACCAUCAGGAGGGGACAGGAGGAGCCGGAUCAGAGGGGCACACAGGCCCCCCCAGCACUGCCUGGAUCUGCAGGAUGGGGAUGGUGGAUCUGGAUCCAGCCUGGGAUUGUAGGAGAAUGCAGCCUGCCUGUGCUGCCUGCUCACAGAGAAAAUUUGAUCAUCUGGUGUCGUGUACGUCUUAAGCCUGCCGGUCAGGAUGUGGCCAGCUCAGAUCUCUGCCUUGGCUGUACCCCUUGUCCUGUUCAUUGUAAUCAAUAUAACUCCUGUGAAUGCACAGUCUCCCCCGGGACAACCAGAAGUGAUCGGCUGCCGGUCGUAUGACAAGGAAACGGUCACCUGCUGGUGGAAGCCGGGUUCGGAUGGAGGACUCCCAACAAACUACACUGUCCUGUACUGGACAGAAAGAUCUAAAACAGAGCAAGAGUGCCCAGACUAUCACUCAUCAGGGCCAUACACCUGCUUCUUUGAUAAGGCCCAUUCCUCCCUCUGGAUGUACUACUUUGUCUACGUCAAAGCAACAAACGCAUUGGGAUCCAACGUGUCGGAUAUUUAUCGGUUUGAGAUCGGUGAUAUAGUGCAAACUUACCCACCCAGAAAUUUGACCCUCCUCUAUGAAACCGAAAAGUCCAGCCUACCCUAUCUAAUGGUGACAUGGGUCCCACCUGAGAAGGCCGAUGUGAAAAUGGGUUGGAUCACACUUCAGUAUGAGGUCCGACUGAAGGAGGAGAAGAAGCAUGUGUGGGAGGAGCAUCUUGUUGACCAUCAAACCAAGCUGAAGGUGUUUAGCUUGACACCUGGAGAGGACUACGUGGUCCAGGUCCGAUGCAAGGCUGACAGCAAGCACUGGAGUGAAUGGAGUGAAGAAAGCUAUAUUAAGAUUCCUGGAGGUCCAAGGAAAAGAGACAUGAAACUGUGGAUAUCAGUUGCUGUGCUUUCUGUUAUCAUUUGUCUCACAAUGAUUUGGACAAUGGCAAUAAAAGGAUGCAGUUGGAUGUCCUGUAUAUGUCCUCCUGUUCCUGGACCAAAAAUAAUGGGAUUUGAUACCCAGCUACUCAAGAGCGGGAAAUCUGAAGAACUGUUGAGUGCUUUUGGCUGUCAAGGAUUUCCUCCAACCUCUGACUGUGAAGACCUCUUGGUGGAGUUUUUAGAGGUGGAUGACAGCAAGGAGCACCUCAUGUCCACUCCAGAAAGGGACCCACAAAGCAACCAUGUUAAAGUUUCCCCUGUGGACACAGACAAUGACUCAGGAAGAGGAAGCUGUGACAGUCCGUUUGUUCCCUCUGAAGGAAAGAAGGACCAAAGGGUCAUCUCCCAGGGUUUCAAGAGUUCUGAAAACAGUACUCAUGAGCCUUCUGCAACUACAUGCCCUUGGCCUCUGCAAAAAAAGCUGGACCCCUCGUUUUCAAACUGCAGUGAUAACAGUUCUUUUAACUGGCCUAAAGGCACUGCAACGGAUAACCCAUCUCCAACUUCAUCAUACCACAACAUCACAGAUAUUUGCAAGUUAGCCCUUGGCGCCAUGAAAGUCAAUACGCCAGCAUUUCUGAUGCCAAAUGAAGAAAACAGCCAGCAGAGAUUCUUUAGAACAAUAGAGACCAUUGGCGAGGAGAGACAAGCCAAGCAGAUUGACUUGGCAGAUUUGCAUUCCAAGGGCGUGGACCCUGAUAUGCUACUUUUACUGGCCAACCAGAAGACUUCUUUCAUGGUUCCUCGAGCCAUGGACUAUGUGGAAGUUCAUAAAGUUAACCAAAACGAUGCCCUAGCAUUAAUACCAAAACACAAAGAAAACAGAGGCAAAACGGACCAAUUUUCAGUACUAGUUGCGAAUAGGGAAUAUUCAAAAGUGGAAGGGGUAGAUGGAAACAAUGUUUUAGUGUUAAUGCCAAAUUCGGAAGUUCAGGUCAGCCCUUCCAGUAGUGAAGCUAUGAAGGAGUUUGCUCAAAAGGCCCAACAGAGCCAAGCUGUGGGCUUCAUCAGACCAGCUCAAAAUGAAGGCAAUAUGCACUCUGCUGGGAUGGGGUAUUUUGAUCCCUCAAGUUUUAUGCCUUGAUCUUGUUUAAUGGGCAGCUCCACAGUGAUAUGUUAAGUCGGGACCAGUAAAGCAGGGUGGCAGUGAGUGUACCGCGUAGACUGCACUCACCUUGGUGUCCCCAGUGCUGUGAUCUGUCACUUCAAAGCACCAGUUUUAGUGACUUCCAGUUCCUGUGACUUACUCUUAAAAUCUCAACUCCAGCCAAAACUUAUAUUACUGUAAAUGUGAUUUAAAAUAAAUCUUGUCAGAUUUUUAUUGCUGUCUGUGACCCCAUUGGGAAAAGUUUUACUGCAAUUGCUGUCCCUGUGACAGUCUGUGACAACAGAGAUUAAGGGAUUGGUCAUCACCAUAUCAGCAAAUUACAAAUAGUAAGAAUAGCCUGACAAAGGUUCUAAUCAUUCCCUGUUUUACAAAAAAUGUGCUUUGUUGCAGUCUUUGUCCUUGCUAAACAGAUUUCUCAUAACCUCCUGUCCCAAAAGAAAGUGAGGGAUAUCUCCACAAUGAGGAAACAGCAAAAAAAAAAAAAAAAAACACACAAAAGUUUUAUUCUUUUCAAGCCCAAAAAUGUUUUGGCUGGAGUUGCGAUUUAUUCUCAGAGUGUUUGAUCUUUCUCAGGCCUGGUGAAGACAGAGAUGUAGGCACUGGUUAUGAAAACGAUUCAGACCAGGUUUUUAAACAGUGGGUCAGUAACAGUAACUGAUCCUUUCAACUUUUAUUCCUCUCACUCCCUUCACCCCUGCCUGGUAGAUUAGUGUGGGUGUUCUCUUUAAAGUAGACCUGUAGUCAAGCUAAAGACAUUCAACAAUGUACAUAUUCUUAAUAAGCAAUACAUGAACUUUACCACCAGCACUGAUUGACCUAUGUAGCUACAGGUACUGUGGAGUACUGCAUCCUCAAAUUUCACUGUAAAAGGCCUUCAAGUCCAGCCUCAGUACUCUGCUGUCUUUUCUCUUCCCUUGCUUCUGCUCUGUGUUUGUGAUUAGAAAGCACUGUUAACCCUCCAAGGGGAACUGAGCUUCUGUAUCACAACUGUGAGUGUGGACUUGGAGCAGGGGAAGCUGAGCUGCUGUGUCACUGCUAGGAGAGGGGAGAAGGAGAAGCUGAGCAGUUAAAUCACCGUUGGGAUUGGGGGGGAUAGUGGCUGAAAGACAGUAAAAGUGUUUUGUUAUAAACUUUGAUGAAUUGCUCCACAUUGUCUCCAGCUACAAAACUCAGUGGGAGAUUUUGUUCAAAUCGUAUUUACUGUUUGGUAAGAAUAUGUCAAUAUUUUGAGGUCCAUAGCUUGACCACAGGCCUACUUUAAGGUUUAUGGCGCUACGUCUCACAGCCAGGCUGGAGCAAAUCUGCGCUGUACAUAAGAGCCAAUCAGGUUUCAUCCUUGUAAUUAAAUGGGCAAUAUGUUUUCUGUGAACACAUUCAUUUGCUCCAGUUUUUGAAAACCAACCCUGGCAAAUACAGUUUUUAUUUUGUGUGA